CUUUUCCGCUUCUUUUCGUCUCAUCCUCACCAUCUUCCUUCCUCCUUGGUCACCUUCGCCAUUCUCGCUUGAUCCUCAAAGCCACCUGCCAUCAAUUUCUCCAUUUUCGCGUUGAUUUCGACAUCGUCGGUUGAUUGCUCAACUGGGGGAUCACAGGGAUGUAUGUGAAUGGAGCAGAAAAAUGUUCACAUGGUUGAUGGAUUUCAAGCUGUCUCGUUGUUAGACAGCCGGUCUUGGAAUGCGUCGUGCUAUACUUCCAAAGCAUGUGGCUGCAGUUGUUAGGUACCAAAAGGAUCCUCUCAGAGCAUUGGAGAUGUUCAAUUCAGUCAGAAAAGAAGAUGACUUCAAGCACACGUUGUCGACUUACAAAUGCAUGAUUGAAAAGCUUGGGUUUCAUGGGGAGUUUGAGGCUAUGGAGAAUUUGCUCACAGAGGUGAGAUCAAACAUCGAUAGCAGUUUACUCGAAGGAGUCUAUAUUGGGGCCAUGAGAAGUUAUGGAAGGAAACACAAGAUUCAGGAAGCUGUCAAUGUGUUUGAGAGGAUGGAUUUCUACAGUUGCGAGCCGUCUGUGCAAUCUUACAAUGCAAUCAUGAAUAUACUUAUUGAGAAUGGUUACUUUAAUCAGGCCCAUAAAGUUUAUCUGAGGAUGAGGGAUAAAGGGAUUGCCCCAGAUGUGUACACUUUCACAAUCAGGAUAAAGUCUUUUUGUCGGACAGGUAGGCCUCAUGCUGCUCUAAGACUUCUCCGAAAUAUGACUUCUCAGGGUUGUGAGCACAAUGCUGUUGCAUAUUGUACUGUCGUUGGUGGGUUCUAUGUAGAGAAUUACCGAUGCGAGGCAUAUGAAUUGUUUCUUGAGAUGCUUAGUUUAGAUAUUCAUCCUGAUAUCACAAUAUUCAAUAAGCUUAUUCAUAUACUUUGCAAGAAUGGGGACAUCAGGGAGAGCAAAAAGCUUUUUGCCAGUGUCCUGAAGAGGGGAUCAAGUCCAAAUUUGUUCACAUUCAAUAUUUUCAUUCAAGGACUUUGCAGGAAAGGAGCUCUUGUUGAGGCUGUGAAGUUGUUGGAAAAGGUAACUACAGAGGGAUUAACUCCAGAUGUUGUCACGUAUAACACUUUAAUUGGUGGCUUGUGUAAGAAUUCUAGGGCUGUGGAAGCUGAAAGCUAUUUGCAUAAAAUGGUGAAUUUUGGGCUUGAGGCAGACGACUAUACAUACAAUACUAUAAUCAAUGGAUACUGCAAAGUUGGCCUGACAGAAAAUGCAAAUAAAAUUCUUAAUGAGGCCGUUUUCAAGGGAUUUGUGCCUGAUCAGUUCACGUAUUGUUCUCUUAUUGGUGGAUUCUGCCAAGAUGGUGAUGUCAGGCGUGCUAUGGCUUUAUUUAAUGAGGUAUCAAGAAGAGGAGUGAAAUCUAAUGUUGUUCUCUACAAUACAGUGAUCAGAGGCUUGUCCCAGAAUGGGCUUAUAAUGGAAGCCUUGGAAUUAAUGACUGAGAUGUCAGAAAAUGGUUGUUCCCCCGACAUAUGGACAUACAAUCUUGUUAUUAAUGGACUUUGCAAGAUGGGCUGCGUAUCUGAUGCUUAUGGCCUGAUGGAUGAUGCUAUAGCCAGAGGGUACAUUCCUGACAUUUUUACUUUCAAUACAUUGGUUGAUGGCUUUUGCAAGCAAUUGAAGUUGAAUAGUGCAAUUGAGAUUAUAGAGAGAAUGUGCAGUCAUGGUGUUUUUCCCGAUGUGAUCACAUAUAACUCAUUGUUGAAUGGCCUAUGCAAGGCUUCAAAAUAUGAACAUUUGAUGGAAAUAUUUGACACAAUGAUAGUGAAACAGUGCGUCCCCAACAUCAUUACUUACAAUAUACUCAUUGAGAGCUUGUGCAAGGCUCGCAAAGUAAAGGAAGCUUUGGAUUUGCUCGAUAAGAUGGAAAUAAAGGGGAUUGCACCAGAUAUUGUAAGUUUUGGCACACUGAUUAAUGGUCUUUGUGAUCAAGGGGAGCUCCAUGAAGCCUACGACAUUUUCAGGAAAGUGGAGGAGCACUAUAAGGUUUCUCAUACGACAGCAACAUAUAAUAUAAUGAUCAAUGCUUUUCUGGGAAAACUAAAAAUUGAUCUGGCAGCAAAGCUUUUUAAUGAGAUGAGUGUCAAAGGUUGCAUGCCCAACAGUUACACAUAUCGUGUGAUGAUUGAUGGAUUCUGUAGAGCAGGGGAUGUUGACUCAGGGUAUAAGCUUCUACUCAAAAAAAUUGAGAAGGGUUUUAUUCCAACACUUGCUUCAUUCGGACGAGUAAUAAAUUGCCUUUGUGUGAAGCAUAGGGUUCGUGAGGCUGUUGGGAUCAUUCACCUUAUGGUUCACAAAGGUAUUGUUCCUGAGGUAGUGAACACUAUUUUUGAGGCUGACAAAAAGGAGGUGGCUGCGCCUAAGAUUGUUGUGGAAGACUUGUUGAAGAAAAGCCAUAUAACUUAUUAUACUUAUGAACUUCUCCAUGAGGGUGUUCGAGAUAAAAAGAUGCUAAAGAAGAUGCUUCCAAGUAGAUUCUUACGUGAUCCAAAGAAGAUGUCCUCUUCUGUUUAAUACAUCAAUAUCUUGAAUGCAUGGAACAGUCAUACAUUUUGCAUGAUUUUAGUUCCAAACCUUGCGAAGCUUCAGUUUCUAUUGCCAUGUAAGAAAAGGUCUACUGGCAUAUCAACAAAGAAGACAUUCAACAGGAUUUUACAAGGAUGUGGAGACAUCCUGAUACUAUGUCAAACUACAUGAGCACUCAUGUAUAGAAUCAUAACUCUGUCAUAGGCUGCUCUUUCCUUUGUUGACAGAAUUAACAUGUCAGCAAGCUCCUCCACUGAUAGUCCUGGGUACGUAGCUUCACUUGGGCUGAGAUCAUCUUCAUUCAACUAUUGAGGCUCCAAUCUCUGUUGCCAUGGAAGCUAGAAUUCCCCAUGUCUCAGAAAUCUGCACUACAGGGAAUCCUGCCCAUCUGGCUUCUUCAGGCUGAGUUCACCAGAUAUUGAGAUUGAACACAUUUGUGCGCUCCAACUCUGGUAACUUGCAAGGCACUAUGCUAAGUCCGAUUGAUGAGGUUGCAGCAUAUUUCAAGAUUGGUUUACAUGGAAAAUGAAUUGCAAUGGAUGCCUGUUCAAAUUUACUAAUAUGCAGGCCAGUCAAUGGAGAAGAAUGAACCAGUGAGGACAGGCUUAUUAAAAUGAGAACGUGACCUCAACUCUGCUGACUAGUUAUUCAAGGCUAGGUGCAGCAUAAGAACGAGAGCUUUGUGCUGGUGGGCAUCUGGAAGUGAAAUCUGUUUCAUAAGUACUGUGAUAUGAUGGGUGGAACAUUUACAAGCCUGCGAAGAGGAUGGGAGAUAGUCAUCAUAUGUCAUAUUUGGUUCAGCACUACACAUUUAUUUCCUGGAGGUACUUGUAAUCGUGUAUGCUUUGCAUUUACCAAUCACCUUUUCCUUUUCAAACAACUGUUUGUCCUAUCUUAUUUUAGCAAUGACAAGGAACGUAAUAUUAGUUUCCAUUCUAAGUUUUGGAGUCCUCCCUGUGUCGCACAAAACUUUACAAGACAUCAAUUUGUCUUUUAUCACAUACAAGUGGAAAGAAAACCUUUCAUUGUGGA